AUGUCGGCUUCAGGAUCCGGUGCCGCGCCCGCGGCUUCAUCCUCAGCAUAUCCAGCAAAAAAGGCGUUCCCUAGCGUAGAUCUCGAGGGUCACAAUCUUCCUCCGUCACCUGCUCCUUCCAGUCCUCAUACCGGAAGGCGCUAUGCAAUUGCCACAGAACUCGUCUACACCGACAGCGGUGACCAGUACAACGCCAGCAGCGUUCCCAUCUACCAGAGCGCCACUUUCAAACAGACAUCUGGUGGUGGAGGCGGAGAGUAUGAUUAUACUCGCUCCGGCAAUCCGACUAGAACGCACCUUGAACGCCACCUAGCUAAGGUCAUGUCCGCUCAGCGUGCUCUGGUUGUUUCCUCCGGCAUGGCUGCAUUGGAUGUUAUCACUCGGUUGCUUCGUCCUGGUGAUGAAGUCGUGACUGGCGAUGAUCUUUACGGUGGAACACACCGUCUGCUUAAAUACUUGUCGACCAAUGGCGGUAUCAUCGUCCAUCAUGUUGACACCACUCAGCCGGAGAAGGUGCGGGAAGUGCUGAACGAGAAGACAGCCAUGGUCCUGCUCGAAACCCCUACCAACCCUCUCAUUAAGAUUGUCGACAUUCCCCAGAUCGCUACCGCCGCACAUGAAGUGAAUUCUACCUGCCUUGUGGCUGUCGAUAACACCAUGAUGUCUCCGAUGUUGCUUAACCCUCUCGAACUGGGAGCGGACAUCGUCUAUGAAAGUGGAACGAAGUACUUGUCGGGUCACCAUGAUCUCAUGGCUGGCGUGAUCGCUGUUAAUGACCUGGCUCUCGGCGAGCGAUUGUACUUCCCAAUCAAUGCCUCUGGUUGCGGAUUGUCUCCGUUCGAUUCUUGGCUCUUGAUGCGUGGAGUGAAGACCCUCAAGGUACGGAUGGAUCAGCAGCAAGCAAACGCACAGCGUAUUGCGGAAUUCCUCGAGUCCCAUGGGUUCAAGGUCCGAUACCCUGGGCUGCGGUCGCACCCUCAAUAUGACCUCCACCACUCAAUGGCUCGUGGAGCUGGAGCUGUGCUCUCAUUCGAGACAGGCGAUGUGGGUGUGAGUGAGCGUAUCGUUGAGAGUGCCAAGCUAUGGGCUAUCAGUGUUAGCUUCGGCUGCGUGAACAGUUUGAUCAGCAUGCCUUGCCGGAUGAGUCAUGCUAGUAUUGAUGCGAAGACGCGCCAGGAGCGCGCUAUGCCGGAGGAUCUCAUCCGUCUGUGCGUGGGUAUUGAAGAUGCAGAUGAUCUGAUUGACGAUCUGACAAGGGCGCUGGUCCAAGCUGGAGCUGUCAACCUGACCUUGGAUGAUUUCCAAGCGAACACAACCAACAACUGA